CCUUUUAAAACCCCACUCCCCAAUAAACAAGGGGCAAUUUCAAUUCCACACAUCUCAAAAAAUCAGCUUGCAAAUCAAUUGCAAGAACCCCAAAUUCAUUUAUUACAAAGAAAUCAAACAAUUUUAGAGAGAGAAACCAGAGAGAGAGAUAUUUUCUUUCUUUUUGAGAAAGAGAGAGGUUCCUUUUCUUACUUUUUGAGAAAGAGAGAGGUGUCUCCUCCACCCAUAAGAUACCUGAUCAACUACCCAUUCAUGUGAAUUCAUCUCUCUCUCUCUCUCUCUCUCUCUCUCUGUUUCCAAUGCAAAUCUCAAAACAACCUGCAUCAAAUUUGAAUUGAUUACAUAUUUUUCUAUCAGAUUUUAAUUGGGUUUGUGUAAUUUCUUGUUGCCCAUCUAAAAUGGCUUCUUCUGGUGUUAGCACUCUGCAAAAACCAUUGAAGAAGGCCAAACUAACCUUCAGAUUGCCAUACUUUACAAACUGGGGUCAGAGCAUUUUGGUCUCUGGUUCAGACCCAGCCAUUGGAGCUUGGAAUGUGAAGCAGGGCCUUGUUUUGAGACCAUCUCAUGAAGGCAGUGAGCUCAUAUGGCGUGGAACUAUCAGUGUAAACUGUGAUUUCAACUGUGCAUACAGGUAUUAUGUCGUUGAUGAUAGUCGAAAUGUUUUAAGAUGGGAGGCGGGACAACCACACAAUGUAAGCUUACCAGACAAUGUGGCAGUGGGAGCCAUGGUUGAGGUUUGGGAUCUAUGGCAGACUGCUUCUGAAGCACUUUUUUUCAGGAGUGCAUUUAAAGAUGUCAUUUUUCAUGGGGGAAGCUUUUCUGAUCCAGGAAUUUCUCCAGGAAGCAUUCAAAGUUCUUGUAAUUAUUCACAUGAACAAGAUUUUGUUAAUGUCCAAUUCAAGAUAGUUUGCCCAAGAAUUGAAGGUUCCACAUCUGUUUUUGUGACUGGGAGCUCCCUGACUCUAGGGAAUUGGGUGGUUAAGGAUGCUGUCAAAUCUGCAUGUACUGGUGAUUUUACAUGGCAAGCAGAUUGUUUGUUUCGGAGAGACGAGUUCCCCAUCAAAUACAAGUACUGCCAGAAGGAUAAAGCAGGCAAUCUUUUGCUAGAAGUGGGUCAUAAUAGGGAGCUUCCAAUUGAUCCCACCCCAGAAAAAAAUCAUGUACUGAUUGUUGCUUCUGAUGGCACCUUCAGGGAAAUGCCAUGGAGGGGUGCUGGGGCUGCUGUUCCUAUGUUCUCUGUGAGGUCCAAGGAUGACCUCGGAGUAGGAGAAUUUCUAGAUUUGAAGUUACUUGUGGAUUGGGCGGUCCAAUCAGGCUUUCAUUUGGUACAACUUUUACCUGUUAAUGAUACUUCUGUGCAUGGGAUGUGGUGGGACUCGUAUCCAUACAGUUCUCUUUCUGUGUUCGCAUUGCAUCCCUUGUAUCUGAGAGUACAGGCACUUUCAAAAGACAUACCACAAGAGAUUCAGCAAGAGAUCUUGAAAGCCAAAGAACGCCUAGAUUUGAAGGAUGUUGACUACGAAGCUACUAUGGCCAGUAAGCUUUCACUUGCAAGGAAGAUUUUCCUUUUAGAGAAGGAAACUUUUCUUGCUUCAAGUUCCUUCCAAAAAUUCUUUGCUGAGAAUGAGGAGUGGUUGAAACCCUAUGCUGCUUUUUGUUUUCUGCGAGACUUCUUUGAGACGUCAGACCACACACAAUGGGGUCGUUUUGGUCAUUUUUCAAAGGAAAAGCUGGAGAAAAUCAUUUCAAAGGAUGCUGUGCACUAUGAUCUUGUUUGCUUUCAGUAUUACAUCCAGUUUCAUCUACAUCUACAAUUGUCAGAAGCAGCAGCCUACGCAAGAAAGAAAAGAGUUGUUUUAAAGGGUGAUUUACCCAUUGGAGUGGACAGACAUAGUGUUGAUACGUGGGUAUACCCGAAUUUGUUCAGAAUGAAUACCUCAACAGGAGCACCUCCUGAUUAUUUUGAUAAGAAUGGGCAGAAUUGGGGGUUCCCCACUUAUAAUUGGGAGGAAAUGUCAAAGGACAAUUAUGCUUGGUGGCGCUCACGUCUAACACAAAUGGCGAAGUAUUUUACAGCUUACAGGAUUGAUCAUAUCUUGGGAUUCUUUAGAAUAUGGGAGCUUCCUGAGCAGGCUAUCACUGGUUUGGUUGGAAAAUUCCGCCCGUCUAUCCCUCUGAGCCAGGAAGAGCUUGAACAUGAAGGAAUAUGGGACUUUGAUCGCUUGACUCGCCCUUAUAUCCGACAAGAAGCCCUUCAGGAUAAGUUUGGAACUUUGUGGACUGUUAUUGCAUCAACCUUUCUGAGCAAGUACAAAGAAAAUUUCUAUGAGUUCAAGGAAGACUGUAACACAGAGAAGAAAAUGGUUGCCAAAUUAAAGUCAAGUGCAGAGAAGUCCAUGUGGUCGGAUAAAGAAGACAUGAUAAAGCAGGGCCUCUUUAAUCUUCUAAAGGAUGUUGUUCUUAUUAGAGAUUCAGAGGAUACAAGGAAAUUUUAUCCUCGGUUUAAUCUUGAGGAUACAUCUAGCUUCAAAGAUUUAGAUGAUCACAGUAAAAAUGUUCUGAGAGGGAAAUACGAUGAUUAUUACUUUCAUCGGCAAGAAAAUCUUUGGCGGCAAAAUGCACUGAAGACAUUGCCUGUCCUCUUGAACUCAUCAGAUAUGUUGGCUUGUGGAGAAGAUCUUGGUCUCAUACCUUCUUGUGUUCAUCCUGUUAUGCAAGAGUUGGGAUUAAUUGGUCUGCGGAUACAACGAAUGCCCAGUGAGCCUGAUUUGGAGUUUGGCAUUCCCUCGAAAUAUGAUUAUAUGACUGUAUGUGCUCCAUCUUGCCAUGAUUGCUCCACUCUGCGUGCUUGGUGGGAAGAAGAUGAGGAAAGAAGAUAUCGGUUUUACAAAACUUUCCUUGGCUCAGAUGAAGUUCCACCCCCUCGCUGUGUUCCCAGCAUUGCUUAUUUCAUUAUACAUCAGCAUGUUGAUGCUCCAUCAAUGUGGGCUAUUUUCCCCCUACAGGACUUGCUUGCACUAAAAGAAGAGUAUACUAAGCGCCCUGCUGCAGAGGAGACAAUCAAUGAUCCGACAAAUCCAAAACAUUACUGGCGAUAUCGAUUGCAUGUCACAGUGGAGACCCUGCUGGCUGAUAAUGAGCUCAAGACCGCUAUCAGAGAUCUCGUGGUCAAUAGUGGGAGAUCAUGUCCUCCCAUUGAAGGAGCUGAUACAAAGCCAGAUGGAAACCUAGUUUUGGGCUCAAGUGUUGAGAAGAAACCAGUUGAAAAUGGUAACACAAGGGUCUCUCUCCUUGCCACAGCUUAAUGGAGCUGCAGCAUUGAAGAUCAAGAACCAUGCCUACUGAUAAGCUGGCAAAUAUAAUGGGUAUUUUAACCCCUACAAAGGAAAAUAUCCAUAAAUGCAUGUUUCCUUUUCUUACAUGCUGCAAAUUUAUUCUUGGUUCAUGCAGAACUUGUAAUCAGGCAGCAAGAGAGAGAGAGAGAGAGAGAGAGAGAGAGAGAGAGGCUGUUGUGCAUCCCAUAGUAGAUCUGUGCAAAACUGGCAUGCGUCUUGAAUAGGUAGAUAAAAUUUGCAAAAUCUGUGUGUUGGUAUCAGUGAUUAAAAAAUCCUAAGAGUUAGAUCCAGGAGUUUGGGUGACUCUAGAUGGAGAAUCUCCACAACUGCUUGACUCUUGAGGUUUCUCAUUUUCCUUUAAUUUCUUUAUGAACAUUUAGCCCGGUUCUUCUCGGGAAUAGUCCGAGCCAGACCGGGAUAAUUGGAAUCGCCCGAUUCCAAUAUUUGAAGCACAAGGUGUUAUGCUGAGAAUGAGUAUGUGAUGGGUGAUGUAAGCUGUGGCUGAAUGUCAAGCUCAAAAGACACUCUUUUUUCAAUAAUAAGAUCUGAAGGAGUUUAUUGCUAUAUCAAA